UCCACGCGUCUCAUUGGUGGUGUUGGGAAUUGCGUGGGCGGGGCUUCGAGUCAACACGCUUUAAACCUCCUCUAUCCGCAUCUUCAGGCUUACAGUAGAUUUAGCAGAGCGACAUGAAGGACGUCGACUGUACGACCGGCUCUUUGAGUUUGUUCCACUUUGACUUUGACGGCAAGCUGUCCCGUCUUAACGCUCCUGAGAUUCCCUAAACAACAUGUGAUUUUGGGCAACACGUUGUGGAAACACCGGAAACAGGUCCAAUGCGCGGACGAGGCGUGUUGGCGUGUGCAGUCGUCGCACUCCACUUGUUCCUUCUCGUGUCCGCGCUCGAGAGCCACCAACAAAAUGUUCUUGUGGUCAGAGAGAAAUGGUCCAAUGUUGACAAGAAGCAGAGCUUGCCGUGGAUAAACCUGUCAGCGUUUUUGGUCCACGGUUCUGCGUGUGUGCGUCUGCGUCUGCGCUUAAAGCCCCUGUCAGCCAAUGUAACCCUACGGUUCGAGUUCAAUGAGUUAGCUAUUAGAAAUUUCAGCACUCUUGUGAUCCAGAGAGGUCAUCAUGGCAACGGCACUAUUUGGUGGAAACAGUUGUUUGAUGACCAUAGUAGGAAAGUUAAAAUGAGAAUUCUCUCUUCCAUCAAUAAACAUCUGGAUGUCCAAAGAGAACAUGUGUGGCAGUUGCAGUGUAAAUGUUUUAUGGCCCAGUUGGGAAAUACAGUCCGUGUUACUGUGUAUGACUUCAACCGAACACUCAUUACCGACUCAUACACUGUAAAGCGCCCUCCAAAAGAUCAACUUCAAGUUGCUUCCAGUUUCAUGGCACCAGGAGACCUAAUACCUGUGUAUAAUGUAACACUGGAUAUCUUUGCUAAACGGUUUAUUGUUGGCAUGGAGAUGGGCCAAAAAGUGAACGUGAGGUUAUGCUACGAAAACCAUGCAGUGUGUAAUGGAAUCAUAUCCCAUGAGAUUGAUACUGAUCUUAACCACAUGGUCACUUUAAACUUUCCUUAUUUGGUGCCCUGUCUAUGCGUGCAGAUGUAUUACACUGUAGUUGAUGCCAAAAGACACACCACCUGUCCACUAAAAGACCAAAUACUGCCAGGAGGUGGAGAAGUGUUGUCCAGCAGCUCACUGCGGCUCUUUGGUAGCUCAAUUCUCAAAUGGAAGCAUCUUUGCCCCUUAGCCCAGUUCAAACCUGCCGUCUCUCUCUGCUGGCAACAUACCAGAAACCACUCACAGUGUAUUCCUGUGCAAAACUCCACCCUGCACAUGGCAGACCUGAAAUACAAUGUGUCUGAUGUAGACAAGCAUGCCCACAUGUGUUUGAAGUUUUUUCUGAAUGAUAGCCAUCAGGUCUUCUGCCCCUUCAGCUCAGGUGAUUUAUCUGAAUGGGAAGUUACAGUUGUUCCUGGAUCUCGGUGUCUGUAUGUACAACUGUCUUCCAGUAUCCCAGCAUCCUUUGCUGCCCAGCUCUGUGUGGAGGAACGGGGAGAAUGUGUCAUGAAAGAAAACGUGCACACUAUUCAGAUGGAAGAAGGUGCCAGAGACGUGGUCCUGACUGUACCUCUUCCCUUUUUCACCUCAGGACUGUGUGUGCAGGUGUGGCGUUCUGAGCCAGCUCUCCGUGGAAGGAGAAUCAUAUGUCCUGAUUAUACUCACAGGAGAUGGGGUCUUAUUGUUGCUGCUUCACUGGCUCUUCUGGUUGCUAUAACAACAGUGGGCAUCCUCACCUACAAUUUGAUCAAACGGCAGACGUCAGUAUGGCGCUCUGCCGAGAGAAAACCUAUUUUGCUCGUCUGCUCAUCUGAUGACACGAGUCACGUUUCGGCUGUGUGUGCUCUAGCGUACGGCCUGCAGGAGGAGCUGCGCAUGGACGUGCGCCUGGCUCAGUGGGCACAAUGUGGCACUCAGACCUCUCUGGCCCAACUAGGCCCUGCCCCCUGGCUCUACGGCCAGUGCCAACAGGUGCACAGUGUAGGUGGCAUGGUGCUUAUAGCCUGGAGCCCUAAAGCCCAGCAGACUUUCCUCAAAUGGAGAGAGCGUGAGGGUGGAGGAAAAGUGGACAAGGAACAGAAGGACAAAGUGUUGCUAGAAGAAUGGAGUGAUAAACAGGGACAACGAUGGGCAGAGAGCGAGUCUUCUAUCACAGCUCCAGUGUUUAAUGCCAGCCUCAUAAGCAUGUGGGCGGGACUCCAGAGCGAGAGGCACGGUCAAGGAUUUGGGCUCGUGUGUUUCCGAGGCUUAAGUGGAACAAGGUGUAUUCCGAAGGAGCUCAGAAGCAUUCGGAGAUACUGCCUUCCUAGAGAUCUCUCAAACCUGAUACAUGAACUGGAUGUAAACGUACAUGGGCCAAGAAGCAAGGUCCAAAACAUGAGUAGUUGGUGCUGUUGGCCCCGCCUUUUCUCCAAAGGACUGUCUUUCUGGUUGUCGCAGAGGCUAGCUCAGAGACUGAAUGCAUGGCUUCCUCAGACAGCAGCGAAACCAGAUAGGACGUGUCUUCUGAAACCGUCCCGUAAAAUUGCCAGUGAAAAGACGUUAAAGAAAAGGUUGAAAAAGAAAAAAAAAAGAAGGGGAACUCUCUGUCACCCUUCAGUGCCGGAAAAAAAUGUAGAAUGUAUACUGGUCACACAGAAAAAAGCGCUACUAGCGUAAUAUAUUCUUUUAAAGCUACACAUUCUGAGUGGACAAAAUGGACGGGGGGUGGAAGCAAAUGAAUCAGUUUUUCAAUGGCUGACUGACAUCCUUAAUUCCUUACCAUUACCAGAGUGUUCAUUUUCAUUAAUGCUGUAUACCUCAAAUGGUGCAAGUUUUUUUUCUGGCCCCAACCCAACCUCAUCAUACAGAAGCCCUAAGAGGCCAUGCAUUAUUAUUUUUUUUCUUUCUUGUUUUCCCGUGAUCAUGACUUAAUUUUCUCGUGAUCUCAACAUACCAAAAGUCGUUUUCUCAUGACAUAAUUUCAUCACGAGAAAAUCUCAUGCCUUGUGAAUGGGACCGGUGUUGCAUGCAUGUUGGUGUCUUCACCAUCGCCAUCAUAAAUUCAGUAAUUGGCCACUGUAGAGAUGGACUUUAUUUUGUUGUAAACCUGACACUAUUGUGGAAGUCGUCAGUCACUGAUAAACAUAGAGCUAUUUAAGCUUGAGUGAGUCCCUGAUCAAAGUAAAAACAAAUUUGUUCAUCCAUGAUGCUGUGGGAUUGUUCUAACCUUUUGCUGCCUCCAGAACUAUGAAAACAACACGUUGCUAUGUCGAGUACACAGAAGAAUUCAUUCGUGAUCACAAGAAAGCAAGAAAGAAAAAAAUUAUAAUGCAUGGCCUGUUAGGGCUUCCGUAUCAUCGUGCAUUUCUCCAGUUACAUUAAAAUUAUGUCGAAUCUGUGAAAAGCGCAAAGUAUUGAAUUCUGUUGUACUGAAAUGUUUGACUGUGUAUAGGCGAUACUUUCUUGUGCUGUAACAUUGUGUGUGUGUCAAACAAUACUUGUUUCAGGUCAGAUCCAAUUGAUGACCUCAGCUCUUGGUAGUAUCACUUGACCACAUGCUCAGAAGUAAAUGGUAAAUGGUCUGUACUUAUAUAGCUUAUAUACCUUAACGGUUUUACAAAGCGCUUUGCACUGUUUCUCAUUCACCAAUUCACACACACCAAUGGCAGCAGAGCUACCAUGCAACGCACUUGCCUACCAUUGGGAGCAACUUUGGGGGUUCAGUGUCUUGCCCAAGGACGCUUGUGGGCCGACGAUCAAACCGCCAACGCUGCGAUUAGUGGACAACCUGCUCUACCACCUGAGCCACAACUGCCCCAAGAAGUCUUCUGGAUGACUUUCACCUACUUCGGGAUUGAUCUCACUUGGCAGAAAGAAAGAAAGUGGCAUACAAUCCCUAACUUGAAGCACCAACUUUUUGUGUGUAACCUACACAGAUUUAUCAUGCAUACAGCAUGAAUGGAUUUUCAUUUAUGAGCAGUGGUAUUUUUUAAAUAGUAUUAUUUGUAAGUUUUCUCAAAAACUGCUGGCAGUGGGAAAUCAGCUGGAAGGGUUUUGUGCUAGUAAAUAGAAAGAAGCUGUAGUAAGCCAUUGAGCAUGGCCACCAGGGCUUAACUGCUGUGCUAUGUGUUUAGAUUAUAUUUUUAAAUAUAAUAUAUUAAUGAAUAUUAGGUAAUUAUGACUGAAAUCCAUUUUAUUUCUUUUCCAUGAACCUGUUUGGCUAUGCAUCGGCAUCUGUUUACUUAUUACAUAAUAAUAUAAUCAUGUUUACGCCAUUUACAUUUUGCAUAUUGUUGUGCAUCUUGGAUGUUUUCAUAUUAGUGUUUUUUAUGUAAAUCUAUUAAACCAAACCUGUUUAUGCCGAACAUGUUUAUGAAAACACUUUCUUCCGUGGAUAAUUUCUGACGGUCAUACUGAACAUCUUUUCAACCCACUUAGUACAGUCUGACUUUAAAGUAUAUAGCUGUGAAAGAGUAAUGAUAUAAAAUCCCACCAUAUAAUGUUCUUUACAUAUGCGGCUGUGGUUCUAUGAACAAGCUUGUUCAUUGUCAUUCGGAACAUGCAAUAUGGUUUUAGAUUAUGUUAUGACAACAGUGUCAAUAAUGAGUACUGCAUCAUAUGCUACUAUGUGAGUGUGUUGGAAUAUCUCGGCAAGUGUGUACAUGUAGGGGUUAGACAAGGUUCCUAGAACCCCAAUAACAUGUAUAAUCAGUAUUAUCAAGUUUUAGCUCAUAGUCCUAUCAAAACCAAUCUGCACUCCCUGUUAUAGAAAGAUGCACAACAUUCUUUUUUUUGUAUACCAACAACAGUGUUAGGCAAGUUUUUUGGCUUUUUUAUUUAUUUUUUUUUUUUUAGGUGUUUUGUCAUUUGGAGUAUAUAUAGAAAUAGAAACUGCAUUCCAUUUGGAGUUAGGUAAUAUAAAUUUUUGUUGAUGUUGUUUGGUUCAAGGCAAACAUGUUACAUCCUGCCUCAUACACAUUAUUAGAGAAUAUCUGAAUCACAUUGAGAAAGCUAAAUGAAAACCUUUGGACUGAUAUAAUUCAUUUGAAUUAUUUAUAUUAAUGUAAAUAUCCAUUUUGCUAUUUUAAUCAUGAAGAAACUGAAGUGAAAGCUAACAUGCUAGCUAUCUUGUUGCAAUAAAUUACAUUUCUUUGUCCUUUUAAAAAAAAAUCUAGUGGUAAGUCAACAUUUGGCUAAGGAAGAGAUUUACUUUGCUACAAUGCUAAUUAUUAUUAGUGUAUGCCAUAUACAGUAUACGGUGUGGCAUAUACAGUAUCUCACAAAAAUGAGUACACCCCUCACAUUUUUAUAAAUAUUUGAUUAUAUCUUUUAAUGUGACAACACUGAAGAAAUGACACUUUGCUACAAUGUAAAGUAGCGAGUGUACAGCUUGUGUAACAGUGUAAAUUUGCUGUCCCCUCAAAAUAACUCAACACACAGCCAUUGAUGUCUAAACCGCAACUGCUGGCAACAAAAGUGAGUACACCCCUAAGUGAAAAUGUCCAAAUUGGGCCUAAUUAGCCAUUUUCCCUCCCCGGUGUCAUGUGACUUGUUAGUGUUACAAGGUCUCAGGUGUGAAUGGGGAGCAGGUGUGUAAAAUUAGGUGGCAUCGCUCUCACACUCCCUCAUACUGGUCACUGGAAGUUCAACAUGGCACCUCAUGGCAAAGAACUCUCUGAGGAUCUGAAAAAAAAAUUGUUGCUUUACAUAAAGAUGGCCUAAGCUAUAAGAAGAUUGCCAAGGCCCUGACACUGAGCUGCAGCAUGAUGGCCAAGACCAUACAGCGGUUUAACAGGACAGGUUCCACUCAGAACAGGCCUCGCCAUGGUCGACCAAAGAAGUUGAGUGCACGUGCUCAGCGUCAUAUCCAGAGGUUGUCUUUGGGAAAUAGACGUAUGAGUGCUGCCAGCAUUGCUGCAGAGGUUGAAGGGGCGGGGGGUCAGCCUGUCAGUGCUCAGACCAUAUGCUGCACACUGCAUCAAAUUGGUCUUCAUGGCUGUCGUCCCAGAAGGAAGCCUCUUCUAAAGAUGAUGCACAAGAAAGCCCGCAAACAGUUUGCUGAAGACAAGCAGACUAAGGACAUGGAUUACUGGAACCAUGUCCUGUGGUCUGAUGAGACCAAGAUAAACUUAUUUGGUUCAGAUGGUGUCAAGCAUGUGUGGCGGAAACCAGGUGCGGAGUACAAAGACAAGUGUGUCUUGCCUACAGUCAAGCAUGGUUUUGGGAGUGUCAUGGUCUGGGGCUGCAUGAGUGCUGCCGGCACUGGGGAGCUACAGUUCAUUGAGGGAACCAUGAAUGCCAACAUGUACUCUGACAUACUGAAGCAAAGCAUGAUCAGUAUGCAGUAUUCCAGCAUGAUAACGACCCCAAACACACCUCCAAGAUGACCACUGCCUUGCUAAAGAAGCUGAGGGUGAAGGUGAUGGACUGGCCAAGCAUGUCUCCAGACCUAAACCCUAUUGAGCAUCUGUGGGUCAUCCUCAAACAGAAGGUGGAGGAGCACAAGGUCUCUAACAUCCACCAGCUCCAUGAUGUCAUCAUGGAGGAGAGGAAGAGGACUCCAGUGGCAACCUGUGAAGCUCUGGUGAACUCCAUGCCCAAAAGGGUUAAGGCAGUGCUGGAAAAUAAUGGUGGCCACACAAAAUAUUGACACUUUGGGCCCAAUUUGGACAUUUUCACUUAAGGGUAUACUCACUUUUGUUGCCAGCGGUACAGACAUUAAUGGCUGUGUGUUUGGUUAUUUUGAGGGGACAGCAAAUUUACUCUGUUACACAAGCUGUACACUCACUACUUUACAUUGUAGCAAAGUGUCAUUUCUUCAGUGUUGUCACAUGAAAAGAUAUAAUCAAAUAUUUACAAAAAUGUGAGGGGUGUACUCACUUUUGUGAGAUACUGUAGUAAUCAUUAAACACACAUCAAGUGUUACAGGAGUACAGGCCACCUUAUUUUAUACACUUUAUAACAUUUACAGUCAUCUGGAAACAACAUAUUCUUUCAGAAUUAUGUAUGAUUAUUUUGUUUAGGUCAGGAAUUAGUGCUAAAUAACCUUUGCCCAGAUUAUGGAAGGUAAUCCCUUCUAGGCUACAAGUGAGAGUUUACAAAACAAAGUCAGAUACUAUUUUAACUAAGAUAUCUCUAAACAACUGAUUGGAGACACC